UUGACAGAUAAACUUAUCUCUCAAAACGCUUGACAUGUGUUUAUAACAUUCUUCUGUAUUUGAGAUUUGUUUAUUUUCCGAAGAAUUUCUAUCACUAUCUCUAACCAAUUAUGUGAAAUAUGCAAUAAAGUUGCAAGCAAUAGAUUGCAGGAUUAAAUAAAGAUGGCAAGUUUUGGAUUCAAAACAUAAAGCGCAUACACCACAAAUUUUCUUUGGCAUAACUUUUACAUCAUGGCACAGUUUCAAAGUAGUAAAUCUAAGGACAAAACAGAUGUCGAUAAUGCCCUCACAUUAGAAUUUGGACCAUUUGAAACAGUUCAUAAAUGGAAGCGAAUGAUAGAAUGUAAUGAGUUUGUCGGUGCAAGACGUAGUAAACAUACAGUAGUUGCAUACAAGGAUGCUAUAUAUGUUUUUGGUGGAGAUAAUGGAAAAUCUAUGCUUAAUGAUUUAAUCAGAUUUGAUAUAAAUGAGAAAUCAUGGGGAAGAGCAUUUUCUACUGGUACGCCUCCAGCUUCCAGAUACCAUCAUUCUGCAGUGGUAUACGGUUCCUCAAUGUUCAUAUUUGGUGGAUACACCGGUGAUAUACAUUCAAAUUCCAAUUUAACCAAUAAAAAUGAUCUGUUUGAAUAUAAAUUUCAAAAUGCUCAAUGGGUAGAAUGGAAAUUUACAGGAAAGCGCCCAGUACCUCGUUCUGCACACGGUGCUGCUGUUUAUGACAAUAAACUUUGGAUUUAUGCUGGUUAUGAUGGAAAUGCACGUCUGAAUGAUAUGUGGACUAUAUCAUUAAAUAGUGAACCAGUGUGGGAAGAAGUGCAACAAAAAGGAGAUUGUCCUCCAACAUGUUGCAAUUUUCCAGUUGCUGUGGCAAGAGGUUGUAUGUAUGUUUUUAGUGGCCAAAGCGGAGCCAAAAUCACCAAUGCAUUAUUUCAGUUUAAUUUUCAAUAUAAAACAUGGACUCGAAUUUCUACUGAACAUAUAUUGCGAGGUGCUCCCCCACCUCCGCCAAGAAGAUAUGGACAUACAAUGGUUGCAUAUGAUAGACAUCUGUAUGUGUUCGGUGGAGCAGCAGAUUCAACACUUCCAAAUGAUUUGCACUGCUUUGAUUUAGAUACACAAGUGUGGUCAGUUGUUAUGCCCGCUGCUGAGUCCAAUGUGCCAUCAGGAAGACUAUUCCAUGCCUCAACUGUGAUUGGUGACGCAAUGUAUAUAUUCGGUGGUACUGUUGAUAAUAAUGUCAGAAGUGGAGAAAUGUUUAGAUUCCAGUUUUCCAGUUAUCCAAAAUGCACACUCCAUGACGAUUUUGGAAAAAUCUUGCAGACUAGACAAUUUUGUGAUGUAUUGUUUUUACUUGGGCCUGAAGAAAUUAAAGUUACUGCUCAUUUGGCAAUGGUAGCAGCAAGGUCGCAGUGGUUGAGAGCUAAAAUAAGGGCUGCCCGUGAAGCUAGAGAUAAACAUAUUGAACAGUUAUUUGUAAAUACAAAUGAACGUCCACCCCCAUCUGAUCUACCAUUUUUAGAAGUUAAACUACCGGAUGCUUCUUCAGAUGCAUUUGAGAUGGUAUUGAAUUACAUUUAUACUGACAGAAUAGAUCCAACAGAAAAAAUUAAAGAUCCUUUCAGCAAUCAAAUUGUUUUAUUGAUGAUGGAUGUAUAUCAGCUCGCGGAACAGUUUUAUAUACCAAGGCUUGAACAAUUGUGCAUUCAGUAUCUUGAAUUUACAAUAUUACCUUGCAAUGUAUUGGAAGCCUUACAUAAUGCAGACAAAAUGAAUUUAACUGUGAUAAAAGAAUUCUGCUUAAGAUUUAUUGUUAAGGAAUGCAAUUUUACUCAAAUUGUUAUGUCGAAGGAAUUUGAUACUCUCUAUCAACCACUUAUGGUUGAGAUUAUACGCCGCAAACAAAUGCCUCAAGCAAGAAAUUUACCCGAGAUGCAAUAUGAUAUUUCAAUAGGAACAACAUUGGAACAAGAUAUGGCAUUAUUUUUAAAAUCAGUAGGAAAUGAGUUUUGUGAUAUAGUUCUCGAAUUAGAUGGUUCUGCCAUACCAGCGCAUAAAAGCGUACUUGCUGCAAGGUGUACUUAUUUUGAAGCAAUGUUCAGAUCUUUCAUGCCAUCAGAUAAUAGAGUUAAUAUACAAAUAGGUGAUAUAUCACCUUCCAGAGAGUCAUUUGAAUCUUUACUCCGGUAUAUAUAUUAUGGCGAUACUAAAAUGCCUCCUGAGGAUUCACUAUACUUAUUUCAAGCUCCAUUCUUUUAUGGUUUCACAAAUAAUAGACUGCAGGCUUUUUGCAAACAAAAUUUAGAAAAUAAUGUGACAAGCGACAAUGUGUUACAAAUUUUGGAAGCAGCAGAUAAAAUGCAAGCUAUUGAUAUAAAAAAGUAUGCUUUGCGAAUGAUAAUGAAUGAUUUUCCCACUGUGGCACGACAAGGAAAGAUGUCAAGUUUAACAAAAGAGCUUUUGAUUGAUAUUUUAAGAGCUCUUGCUGAUGAAAAAUAUGAUUCCGGACUAUGUGAUAUGAGCUUACAAGGAAGCAAAUAGUAUUCACUUAUACUAAACUACUUUUACAAGAUAAA